UUCUCCAUGCUGGCACUCUUGCUUGCUGCCAGUGGAAGGGUUUGGGACUGAUCAUAUUCUGUUCUGCAUGCGUGUCUUUUCUCUAGACGUGGCAAGCUGCAGAGGGAGUCAGACUUCAUGGCCAGUGUAGGCAGCAGCUGGAUCUCCUGGGGUGUGGGAGUCUUCAUUCUGAAGCCCCUGAAGUGGACUCUUUCCAGCGUGCUGGGUGACAGUAAAAUACCUGAAGAAGAAGAAGUUCUGAUUUAUGUGGAGCUGCUUCAGGAGAAGGCAGAGGAAGUUUAUCGCCUGUAUCAGAACUCUGCGCUUUCUUCUCACCCUGUUGUUGCCCUCUCAGAGCUGCGUUCGCUCUGUGCCAGCGUUUGUCCAGAUGAAAGGACGUUCUACUUGUUGCUGCUCCAGCUGCAAAAGGAAAAGAGGGUCACGAUCCUGGAACAGAACGGAGAGAAGAUAGUGAAGUUUGCCCGAGGUCUUCACGCCAAAGUCUCUCCGAUGAAUGAUGUGGACAUUGGAGUCUAUCAGCUGAUGCAAAGCGAACAGCUGCUGUCACAGAAGGUGGAGUCCCUUUCCCAGGAAGCAGAGAAGUGUAAAGAGGAUGCCCGGAGUGCUUGUAGAGCUGGGAAGAAGCAAUUGGCGCUGAGAUGUUUGAAAUCCAAACGAAGGACAGAGAGGCGCAUUGAAGAGCUUCACUCCAAGCUGGAUGCAGUGCAGGGGAUCUUGGAUCGUAUAUACGCCUCCCAGACUGACCAGAUGGUGUUUAAUGCCUAUCAGGCUGGUGUGGGAGCUCUGAAACUGUCUAUGAAGGAUGUUACUGUGGAGAAGGCAGAGAAUCUGGUGGAUCAGAUACAAGAGCUUUGUGAUACUCAAGACGAAGUAGCGCAGACGCUGGCUGGAGUGGGGGUCAAUGGUCUAGAGAUGGACACGGAGGAACUGGAGAAGGAGCUGGACAGUCUCCUCCAGGACUCAACUAAGGAGCCUGUGGAUCUGCCUCCUGUUAGCCAGAAGGUGCCGAAUCCACCCAUUUCUGACGCUGAGCUGGAAGCUGAACUGGAAAAGCUCUCUGUCUGUGAUGGAGAUUUGGCACAAAAGACUCCCUCUGCUUCCUCUGAACCCAAAACAGCUCUGGGACUGAAUCUUUAAAGACCCAACAGUGUCCUGUUGCUACAGGUUGAGAAGUUGUCUUAAGAUUCCUUAACUAGUGACUAGAACUUCUGGGGAGAGGGGUAACGCUCCCCUGUUCUUCACGGAUAUCACUUUGCUCAGCAGCAGGAUCUCCUGCCACGACAAUCCACUCUGGAACUGGCCCCAGCUGGUGUCUGUCAUCUCUGUGCCAACAUCUGCACUGGUCUCAAUUUGACUUGCGAUCCCAAGU